UUUAAAAAGGGCAUAAAAGGAAAGUAACGAAGAUAUUCCGCUGCCGCACGCGAGAAUCACGUGACAUUGAUCCUUGAAAUUGACAAGCACUACAGUUUCAGUCAUCAAACCCUAAAACAAGAAAUCGGAGAAUUCAUCAAAAUCACCGGAAAAAAUGGGAGUGGAGAAGGAAGUUAUCAGAGCCGGUAAUGGCCCCAAACCACAGCCUGGUCAAACUGUUACCGUCCACUGCACUGGCUACGGGAAAGAUAGAGACCUGAGUCAGAAGUUCUGGAGCACUAAGGAUCCAGGCCAGCAGCCUUUCUCUUUCAAGAUCGGCCAAGGCAAAGUUAUCAAAGGAUGGGAUGAAGGAGUACUGGGCAUGCAAUUAGGAGAAGUUGCUCGAUUAACGUGCACCCCUGAUUAUGCUUAUGGUGCUGGUGGAUUUCCAGCAUGGGGUAUUCAGCCAAACUCAGUUCUGGUUUUUGAGAUUGAAGUCUUAGGUGCACAAUGAGCAAUUUGCUAACAUUUGGGCAAUCCUGAUGGAGCUGUUGUGUACUCUAUAGUCUAUACAGUAGACAGCUUGAGGGUAUCAGAACUGCUCAUGUACUCUUUGCUCUAAUGCAACUUGUUGAAACAGAUUAAGGCGAUAAUAAAUGCUUUCUAGCUUUUCUCUGGAUAAUGGUCAUACUUUGAGACUACUAAUUUGUAUUACAAGACAAAUUAGUUGGUAAUUAAAUAUAAUAUGGAAUGGAUGUAAGAGUUUGUAUGGUCAACUCCAACUAAUAUGGGAUACUAUUCUCCUCGUUCUCUUUA